AUGGCAAAACCCGGCUUCCUCCAUCUUAUGUUUUCGCUGUUAUUUGCAACCUUGAGGGCUAUUUUGUCUGUGAAUUCACCCAACAUCACCACUGAUCAAUCAGCUCUUUUAGCCUUAAAAUCUCAUAUAAGUCAUGAUCCACACAAUCUCUUAACAACCAACUGGUCUACUUCGGUCUCUGUUUGUAAUUGGAUCGGCAUCACGUGUGGAUCUAACCACCACAGAGUCACUACUCUGAAUUUGUCGAGUAUGGAUCUCACAGGCACCAUACCAUCUCAACUGGGAAAUCUGUCUUUCCUUGUCUGGCUCAACGUUCGUUACAAUAGUUUCCAUGGCGCUCUACCCAUCGAACUGACGAAUUUGCGUCGGCUGAGAUACUUGAACCUUGGUAACAACAGCUUCCAAGGAGAAAUCCCAUCAUGGUUUGGCCAAUUUGGUAAACUUCGAAGCUUGCUUUUGUACCGGAACUUCUUCAUUGGUGUUAUUCCAUCUACUUUGGGCAAUUUGUCAAAUUUGGAAACGUUGCUUUUGUAUAACAACGAUUUCAAAGGCGAAAUUCCUUCCGUUAUCGGAAAUUUGAUUUAUCUUGACGCAAUUGAUUUUGCUAAUAACAAUUUAACAGGAAGUUUGGAUAAGUUACAAGUUCUUAUCUUGAGAUCGAAUCGACUUUACGGUCGAAUCGAUGAUUCACGUGUUACGAUUUCCUUCGCUCGUUUACGUGUCAUUGAUUUUUCUCAUAACAACUUCGACGGUUAUUUACCUACCAAAAUUGUCGAAAAUUUGCAUGCCAUUCGAGGAUGGAAUGAAAAACGAGAUGAACUGAAGAACAUGAUGAAUACAGCGGAAGAUGGAACAAGGUAUUUUGUGACAGAUAUAUCAUUUGCAACAAAAGGGUUGGAAAGAGAGUUCCAGUCACUAUUAACCACUUGGAUGGCAAUUGAUUUUUCAAACAAUCAAUUCUUCGGAGAAAUUCCUAAAAUGUUAGGCGAGCUUCACUCACUCGUUGUCCUAAACUUGUCUCAUAACUGUUUAGCCGGUCCUAUCCCAUCAUCAUUAGGUGAUCUGUCGGAGCUCGAAUCAUUAGAUCUCUCAUCGAGCAUACUUCAAGGCCGAAUUCCUACAGAGUUAAAAAAUCUCGGAUUCUUGGAGGUGCUAAACCUUUCUUAUAAUAGUCUCGUGGGACCAAUUCCUCAAGCAAAAAGUUGUGAUGAUGAGGAGGAAACCUCAUCCAAAUUUGAUCCAAAUGACGACGAUGACGGAUUGAAUUGGAAGUUUUCAAUAUCGAUGGGGUAUGGGUGUGGGUUGGUGUUGGGAUUGAGCAUGGGAUACAUUGCGUUCGUAACCGGGAAACCAUGGUGGUUUAUUGAAGUCUUCGAGAGAGUUCAGCAAAAAUUUGCAAAAUGGUUGGGUGAUGGCUUUAUAGCCAUCAUCGGCUCUUGUCUCGGACCGAUCCUAAGGGUGGAGUUCGAAGCACUUGCGACAACAAGGAAUGACUCCAAGACUGUGCUUAAGUUUCUGCACAAGUACAUUUUCACUCGGUUUGGAGUACCCCAAGCUAUUAUAAGUGAUGAGGGAACCCAUUUUGAUAACAAAUUGAUUGCCAAAGCACUGAAGAGAUAUGUAGUUCGACACAAGAUUUCCACGUCAUAUCAUCCGCAGACAAAUGACCAAACAGAAAUUUUCAAUCGCAAGAUCAAGCAGAUUUUGGAGAAAGUGGUGAACCCGAGGCGUAAGGAUUUGGUUGCCAAAGUUGGAUGA